AUGCAGAACCUCUUGGAAACGCACCAGGAGCUGAAGCAAUCAGCCUCUGUGUACUCUCUACCUCCCGAAAUACUGGGCCGUGUCUUCGAAUUCUUAGUUGACAUUGAACCGCCGCGGUCUUCAGCUCUCCACAGCCGUCAUCGCUCAGCAUCUGCAGGCAGUUUGCGCCCUGCAAAUCCGAUUUCUACGCGUGCCAGACGCAAUACGGUGUUUGCUCCGGUCGCUCCGGACAAAUUGGGUUGGCUUCGAGUCACGCAUGUCAGCCGCUACCUUCGAGCGGCAGCUUUGGCAUAUCCAGCUUUAUGGGAUACAAUACCGUUUUCUUUGGGAGAAAACUGGGCUCGCCUCGCUUUGCAACGUUCGCAGAAUACCGGGCUCGUUGUUCGCCAUGCGAUCUAUCCUGGGACGCGGGGAUCUGACGUCCUUACACAUACCAACUUCCUCGCGGAAGUCCUCGAUCGUGUGCGGGUAGUCGAGCUGAGUGGAGCGCAGGAGACGCUGAGCGCUGUCCUCACCCGACUACGGAAGCCAGCGGCGCAAUUAGAAGUUCUCUCGAUGCAGGCAGACCGCGCCUCAGGCCCAAACGAAGACUGGCCCUUCACGAUACCACGCUCGUUGUUUCAGGUCGACGCGCCGGGCAUUCGCGAACUCCGGCUUGACGGCGUCUUCAUCUCCGCCUUGCCACCUCAUAUACCAUCGCUCACCCAUCUGUCCAUCUGCUUGCGUCAGUCCAGGCGCGAAUAUCCCCGCACUCGCGAUGUCUAUGGCACGCUGCGCAUCGCGCCCAAUCUUCGCACCCUCGUGUUGAAGCAUUGCCUGCCUCAGGGCGAAGUCCGCGACCUUGGCCCAGUUUCCUUACCCGCGUUACGGAGCUUGGAGCUCGUGGAUGCGGACUCUGCAAUCACUCGCUUUAUGGACGUCGCAGUAUUCCCCUCGACCACCACCCUGGACGUUCAGUGCUCCAUGAUCAGCAAGCCUGAAGAGGACGAGUCGGACCGCGCGCAGUCGCUCAUCGUGUCUUGCGUCUCACGCUGGUCAUGUCCGUACUCGAUGGUUUUUGCUAGCGAAGGGCGCGGACUCGAAGUUUCGUUGUCAGACGGUGCAACAGCAAAACCGGGCGUUUACCUUUUCAUUUUACCCUCCGGUCAACCAGCUUGGGAUUACCAACGGCUCGUGCAGGCUGUUGGAGACGCCAUUCCAACCCCAUCGCUGCAAAACUUGGAAUUGCGCUUUCCCGUCGCGCCAUCUAGCGCGAGUUCUGCCUUCAAGGAGCUGCCCGAGAUGAUAUUAAGCACGUUCGAUCGUUUUGACGACGUACGGAGCCUCAAUGUCACCGGUUCUCUGGGCUGGUCAGCGUGCACCGCCCUUAUCGCCGGCCCAUCUACGGCCUUCUUCCCUCGAUUGCAGGAGCUUACACUUGCGGAAGUGGACUUCUUCGAGCCUGUCUACCUGGAUACUACACUGGAGACGCUUGCGCGAUCCCGCAAAGGUGAACUUAAGAAGCUACGAUUAGUGGGAUGCGAGAAUCUGGGGCGGGAGCGGCUUAUCACAGAGUUACAGACUUUAUUGAGCGUCGAAGUGCUUGAAGCCGAACUGCCUUUGGUAGUUGUAGACUCUUGA